AUGCUACUUCUUGAGAUGAGCACUUCCAUCAAGGAGUGUAUUCCUGUGACCAGACUGAAGCUGGGGAAGCUAAAGGUGGUGCGGCGGCAGCUGCUGCAGAGGUAUGAACACCAGCCGUUUGUCUCCUGCCUGGCCGGCCUCUAUGGUUGCCAAUGGAGACGGUACCAAAGAGCCCGUGCCCAGCCGGGAGAGUGCUGCUGCAGCAAGGUGGAGUGUGGCAGUUUUGGCCUCCUGAUCCUCACUUUCUUCUUCAGUUUUCUAUUCCUCUACUUCUGGAGUGAGGCUCAAAACGACUACAUCGACUUUGACUGGUUUAACUUUGGGACUCUGGGCUUCUGGUUUCCCUGGUCUCUGGUGCUGCUGGUGGUCGCUGCUGCUCUCUUCACAUACAUCGCCCUUCUGCUGGUUCUGGCCGUGUGUCUGCUAUCUGAGGGGCAGAGGCUUUAUCUUCACUGGAGCCACAAGACUGGCAUCGUUGUGGUGUUGGCCUUCUCUGUCAUAGCGACCGCCAUCUUGUCGGACCUGUGGAGCAAAGAAUGGAAGACUCUGCUUCUAUCGCUGCAGGUGACGGCGCCUUUCCUCCACGUGGCCGCCGUCUCUCUAAUGGUUGUACUCUCCUGGCCUAUAGCGUUACACUUCUUCCGCAUGAGCAAGAGAGUGCGUCAGGUGGCCAUCCUGGGUCUCUACCUGUCCGUGCUCUCCUCCCUCUACCUGGUCCCGCUCGGGAUGUACUCGCCCUGUAUUUUAGAGGCAGGACGGCUGGGUCCCGCCCCCACACUCAUUGGACACAGAGGAGCUCCGAUGCUUGCUCCAGAGAAUACUGUGAUGUCCUUUGAGAGAGCAGUGGAAGCUGGAGGGGAAGGACUGGAGACUGACGUCACCAUCAGUUAUGAUGGGGUUCCCUUCCUGAUGCACGACUCCACCCUAAGGAGAACCACCAAUGUCGCUGAUGUUUUCCCAAAUCGAACACACGUCGACGCCUCCAUGUUCACCUGGGCUGAGCUGCAGCUGCUGAAUGCUGGUGACUGGUUCUUAUCGAGGGAUCCCUUUGGGACGGUGUCGUCCCUGUCCGAGGCGGACUGCUCCAUGGCCCAGAACCAGUCUGUUCCCUCACUGGCCCAGUUUCUGGAGUUGGCGGCCAUUAGCAAUAAAUUUGUGCUGUUUGACCUGCACAGGCCACCGUUUGGACAUCCCUACUAUGAGUCAUACAUUAACACCACUCUGCAGGUGGUUCAGGCCCACAUCAACUCCUCACAGGUGCUGUGGCUGACAUCUGAAGACAGGGAGCUGGUCCAGGCUGUGGACCCGGAGCUUCAGCAGACCUCCGGAGAAGGAGCGUCUCUUCAGGACCUGACAGACGGCCACAUCACCAGACUGAACCUGCACUACAGCACCAUGUCACAGCAACAGUUCAGCAAGUACCAGUCGGUGAACAUCAGCACCAACCUGUAUGUGAUCAGCCAGCCGUGGCUCUACACGCUGGCCUGGUGUGCCGGAGCUCAGUCUGUAACCACCAACUCCGUCCACAUCCUGUCCAACGUCAACAAGCCGCUCUUCCUCAUGACUCCAGAGGAAUAUAGCUUGAUGUGGAUUUUGACAGAUGCUGUGUCGGCCUUCCUCAUCAUUGCAGUUUUCAUAUUCCACUGGUGGAGGGAGAGAGGUCUGCCCUUCUGGUCCGGCAGCCGCCAGACUCACGAGAACGGACCGUACAGCAAGUUCAGGACGGAGCUGAGUGACGUGUGGUCCAUUUCCAGCGCCAACAUCCGGACCGACGUACGGAGCAUGCCCAGUUCAACCAGCAACCCCCACCUGCCCCCCAUCACAGAGGAGUGACGGGGGGCAGAGAGAGAGAGAGAGAGAGAGAGAGAGAAUGAUGAGUGGAGGAAGAGUGUUGGAAACUUUACUUUAUGAAAUUUUUAAGUUUUGGUCAAUAUUUGUGACAAAAUAAGCAACAGAUCCAAUUGAAUAGGAGCGUUCUUUAAUAGUUUAGAUCUAUGACACCACUUAACAAUAAAGCCUUUGUGGUGAUAAAAGCUCAGAAAUGUGCAAAUAACCAAAACGUCUGUCUUUGACAGUUCGUAGAGUGAAAUUAUCACACAUAUUAA